AUUAUUGUAUAUAGGCUUUUUCUUUAAUAUCUAUACUUACAUUUGGACUUUGUUUAAUUUUAAUUGUAAAACACGAACUGGGCUUCAGACAAUAUUGUUGCUUUGUUGGUCCAGAAAUAGUCAAUGUAGAGUUUUUUUUUGUUGUCAAAAUGUCUAAAGUUAUUGGGUGUGAUUGGUUGAAGCUGUAGCUUUCUAUUUUUUGCUAUAAGAUUUAGGCUUUAAAUUUUAAACUUUGACUUUAAUUUAUUGUGGUGUAGAAAAUUUUUCAGAGCACUAAUUAAAAGCUCUAGAAAAUUUUGCUUUAUAAAACUAACAUAUUUCUUAUUUUAAUGUUUUGGCUUUGGAAUCAAUUUUAAAAAUAAAAGCAUGAUUGCUUUUAAAAAUGGCUAUAGAAAUUAAAAAUCUAUUUACAGCUUCUAAAUAAAACCAUGAUUGAUUUAAAAGAUGGUUUUAAAAAUUAAAAAGGUUUUCCAGAGCUUCUACAGACAGUACCAAUCACCUCCUAUAUUUUUUUAAAAAAUUUGUGGUCUGAAUAAUCAUGGAGUUAUCCAGAAGAAAAAUAUCAGAAAGUAGUGUCUGUAAAAAAGAACAACCGACAGAUAGAUCUCUCCAUCCAAAGCGAUGAUUCUGAAAAAACUCAAGAAAGAAAAACAAUAGGAUUGAGAAGUUAAAGGAUCAAAUUUUUCCAGAAAGAGAUCUUUCAAACAUGCAUUCUCUUCACAAUCGAUUCGUUCAAAGCAAGGUUUAACUACAGAUGAAGUUCACCUUUUCACAUAAUCCGACAAAAUAGAAGUCUGGAGUUGCAUUGGAUGGGAGAUGGAUCAGCUGGAACAAAAGAGGCAGAAAACAAUGCAAUUUGGUGGUUUUCACGCAGAACAGUCUUGAUGACUGUUCCGGAUAGCGGAGCAACCCAAGUGACUGUUCCGAGUGAGUGUUCCAGCGGCAGAGAUUUUUUAGGAAACUACAAUCAUUACGGGAUUUGCCCUAAUUAUCCCUAUUUUCUCUCCCAGCUGCCUGUGGCUUUGAUAUAUCAUAUUUUCGGUUUCUUUUUAUCAUUCUACGCCAUUCUAGACAGAAGAAAACCAUUGGAGACUUUAGGAUUUGAGGAUUUGCUACUUUGUAAAGGGAGAAGGCUCCAUCUCUCUCGCCUAGAGAAGAUUAUCCUGAACCCUCUUUUUGUUUCUGUUAUUUUUAUGCAGUAUUAUUCAGUAUUGAUGCUUGUGUUUUCUUGUGUCAUGGCUGAGUAGUCGGCUAGCUAGUCUAGGGUUCUAGGGUGUUAAUCAUGUGAGCUAAACAUAGAUAAGUGAAUCAUAUUAUUGUCUUCAUUCAUAUCCAUCCUUACUGCUUGCAUUAAUCUGGCCGCUUAAUGUUAGAUCCUAGGUUUAACCUGUUCAUUAACCGUGUAACAGGUUGCUAGAUCUGUUAUGAAUGAGCCUAGCAUCCCUAAUCAGCGAAAGUAGAUAUUAGGGUGUUUGGUGAACCUAUCGGACUUGAUCUCUAUUGCUUGCUGUCGGGGCUUGAUCCAAACGAGAGUUUAGGUAUCAAGACCGAUCAGCAUAGGGGGCAGUUCCACGACAGUGGGCUGUUCUACUUGAGUGAUCCGAGUUCUGGACCUGUUCUUAUAGCGCUUGAAUAAUUGUUUAUCUCACAAGUAUUAGCACCUGAUGAAGUAACCCUAGGCUGGCUUCUUUUAAGUUGAAUUCACAUUUACAUUAUUUACUUGUUUUGCACGUUACCCACAAAUCAAAACCCCAUCAUUGUUUUAGCUAAGUAUUGAUCCCAUAAGGAUAAAGUGUAAUUGUUGGUCUCUGUGGAUUCGAUCCUAAAGUGCUACAUCGACAUACCAUUCGAUUGUGGUAGUGUGCACAUUAGGUUAUUUGGUGUGCGUAUACACGUAAUAUCAAAUUGGCGCCGUUGCCGGGGACCAUCUUUUUACCUUUAUUUUUCGGUUAUUUAUUUAGUCUAAGACCUCUAACUUGCCUUAUCCUUUUUGUUGCAGCUAAUCUUCCAGAUGCAUGACCAGUAGACAUACUCGGAGAAACGCACAAGGAGAGUUAGUUACAUUUACCAACCAGGAGCUAGCAAGGUUAGAAAGAACAAAUCGUCAACAGCCAAGGCAAACUGACACCACUAUGGGUGAUCACGCCAAUCAGGAUGAUCUCGCUGCGGCUAUGGCACUCAUGCAGCAGCAGAUGCUACAAAUGCAGCAGACCAUCCAAGCUCAGCAGGAUGCUGCUGAACAGGCUGCUCUCGCGCAGCAAGAACAACAGGCGCAGACUGUUCCAAUCGGGCAGAGAAACCUUCCGCGUAACAUCCCUACUACGCGCUCUGCCAUUGUUCCUCCACUCUGCACCAGGCAGGACUUCGAGAUCAAGCCUGCUUUGAUUGGUCUAGUACAGAGAAAGGUGUUCUCUGGUCUCUCUACAGAAAUUCCAAUGGAGCAUAUUGAGAGCUUCGAAAAAGUCUGCAGUUUCACUCGCGUGAAUGGUGUUCCACCAGACUACAUCACGUGCAUGUUAUUCCCAUUCUCUCUUGAUGGAAAAGCUGCACGGUGGUUGAACUCUCUCCCUACCGGCUCUCUCACUUCAUGGGAACAGGUCCGAUCAGCGUUCCUCAGCCAUUUCUACUCUAAGGCGAGAACAGCUGCAUUGAGGAACAAGAUCACCUCCUUCAAACAGCUCACUGAUGAGCCUUUCUGCGACGCAUGGGAGCGCUUCAAUGACUAUCGCAGAGAAUGUCCUCACCAUGGAUUUGAUGAUGAUUAUCUCCUGGACAUUUUCUAUGAUGGAGUGGACUGGAAAUACCAAGGUGCUCUAAACUCUGCGAGCAAUGGAGAUUUCAUGACUCAAACCACUGAUGGAGCGUUUAAGCUGAUUGAGAACAUGGCUGCUAGCUCAGCUAAUAAGAAAGAGGAGAGUGAUUGCUCCAUGAAAGGGAACAGUUCUGACGCCCAGAAAAUAGAUGAGCUGACUGCCAAGGUUGAUCAGCUACUGAAAAACAACCAAGGACACGUUUUCAACAUGGAACAACCUACGGCCGGGCAUAUUCAGAACCAGAACCAGCGACAACCGCAGAGCAAUCCGCAUGUUGUUCCAGCUAACGGGAACAGUCAACCAGAUGAGCUGAAGGGUCUGGGUAUGAUGAUGCAACAGCUGUUGCAGGGUCAGCAGGUUCAGGCCAAGGCGUUGAAUCAGGUAACCACGGAAAUAGACACCAGGAUGGGCAACAUGUUCACUGAGCUGAAUAACAAGUAUGACAAUCUUGCGAUCCAUAUAAGAAAGAUCGAUGUUCAGCUUGCUCAAACAGUUGAGAGUGUCAAGAGGCAACAAGAGACGCUUCCUGGAAGAACUGAUAAAAAUCCUAGGACUGAGCACUGUAAUGCAAUAGAGCAGCCGUUUGCUGAGACUGCUUCAGGCGCAGAAGAGAGAGCAGAGCAGUCUGCUAGCUCUGGAGUGACUGCUCCUAGCGAACCUGCUGAGACUCCACCAUCUCGAGUCUAUGUUCCCAAGGUUCCCUAUCCAAUUCCACCUAGACAUCUGAUGGAUCCCAUUAGUGAAGAGCAGCUGAUAGGUUUUAACAAGAUGGUGAGAAGGCUUCCUAAAGAACUUGCAUUCGAAGAUGCUCUGCAGAUUCGUCCAUUGCUCCAGUUCUUUAAACACUGUAGAGAGACUCAAGAGGAGAUCAAGGUUCUCUAUAUCAAAGCACUGUCUACACCAGCAUUGAAGGUAUUGCCUAAGGUUGAUGAUCCUGGAAAGUUUGUUUUCCCAUGCUCCAUCGCAGGAACAACCUUCAAGGAUGCUCUGUGUGACUCUGGUUCUUGUGUGAAUCUCGUCUCAAAGGCUAUUGUAGACGAUUUGGGUAUUGCUGAUGUUGAGCGUUCUCAGCUGACCCUGACCUUUGCAAACUCUUCCAGAGCAGUCCCAUAUGGAACCAUCCGCAGCCUUCAUGUUCAAGUAGGGGAAUGCAUUGUUCCUGCUGAGUUUCAAGUUGUUGAGAUGAACAAGGAUCAUGAGAUGCCUUUGAUAUUUGGAAGGACAUUCAUGGCUACUGUUGGAGCAACCAUCGAUAUGCCCAACAAGAGAGUCUGCUUCUCCAACAUCAACAAGAAAGUUUUCUACAAGGCUGUACCCACCAGAUCUUCCUCAUCACACGCCUCUCGCAUCUCAGUGUUUGAUGUAGAAAAGCUGAAGUUGUUCCAGAAAAGGAGCAUGGUGAUAAGGGUGAGAGCAGGCUGUUCUCUGAUGAAGAUCCUAGCACUGAUCCUACUAAAUUCAGAGGGAAUUCAAGGGUGAAACAGAAAGUCCAGAAGAAAAGGAUCAAGGGAGAUCCUUCAAUGACUUUGAUACCUCUCAAGUGUGAUGAGAACUCCAUUGAGUAUGAGGUAAAGUGCAAAGGUACCUCUAAACCGUUCUCUAAAGUCAGAGCUAUUCUCACACAUGAGCUGAAGGAGAAAGGGGAAGCUGCUGUGAAAGGGUUGUUGAGCAGAGUUUUGAAGCUGAACAUGUCUGAUUGUGGAGCUUGUUUUGGAACAAGCCCUCCUGCUCAACCCGACUGAUCCCAGUCACCAAGUCAAGCUAGAGACUUAAACCAAGCGCUUGGUGGGAGGCAACCCACUGGUGAGUGUCAUUAACAUUAGGAUUUUCUUUUUACUUAUUUUUGUUUUUAGUUUGUUGAGUCUCAGGUCAGAAAUCAGAAAAUCCGAGACCCUUGACUGGAGCAAGCAGCUGGCUGCUCUCAUUCCAGAGCAUCCUUUACCGGAGCAACCGCGUCUUGCUCUGUCAGGCUGCUCCGCGCCAGGUAAGUAUCUCGAACAAAAAAAAAUGUUUAUUCUUGAUUUCACCUUCUCUCUGAUUUAUUUUCACACCAGGGACGUUGUGAAGUAAGUCUGGGGGAGGGUUUUCGUCGUUUACUAACUCGUUUCUUUCUUUUGUUUUUUUUUUGGGUCAAUAUGAGUCAGUUUUUAUUGAGUCAGUCAAAACUUUGUGGAAAUUAGGACCUUAUUCUGUGUUGAUCACUGACCACCUCGUGCUUUAGUUAUCUUAUUCAGUGACCUUAGCAGUGGCGAAAGACACACAUGUGGACCUGGAACACCCUGACAUAUCUCACUUGAUUCUCCAGAAGUUCUCAGCCGAUCAGGUUACACUGGGUAGACUUAACUCCACCUUACUUGAACCUAAUCUUGACUGAAAUUCUUCUUGUUAUGGGCAUUAGAUCAGGGAAACGAGAACACACUCAGGACUUCUUAUCCUUUUUAUCCAUCUUGCUGAUCCUGAGUGGCUAGCUCAUCUUUAGCUAGUUCCCACCCUGCACCUUAGCCUUUAUUCCACCUUCAUGCAUUUGUUUUUCAGUGUCAUAUGUGCAGAUAUGUGCAAAAAGGUCGGAGAGGAAAGGAUCAACGCAGCCUCCUACUCGUUACUGCUGCAGAAAUUAUGUCAGAACGGAGAACAAGCAGAUAAUGGGAGCAACCGCUUUAUAACCAAGAGCAGGGGUGGAGAGCCAGAAUGGUCGCGAAAUCAGAACCACCAGUGGCACUCAGAACGAUCAUGUAUUACCUCCUUCUUCGUCGUCACAUCACCAUAUCAGUCUUCAAAAAAAAAAAAAAAAAAAAAAAAAAAAAAAAG